AUGCAACAUCGGCACUGCGUUCAAACAUAUCUCUACACGAGGGAGAAGAGGAAGCGGAGCAGCGCUACUCGAACAAAGAUAGAUCUAAAUGCUCUGUCUGCGAACACUCCGUCAACGAAUGCUACAAGAGAGCUCAGGCGUUCAACUGCGAUUGGAUGGCCUUUCUGGUUCUCCACCCUUGUGCCAACCCCGAGUGUACAGGAUGCGAGCUACUGUGUUGGCUGUGCAAUGGUCGCCACCCUUCACCAGUCUCGAGCCAAACGCGUGCCCAUAUGCCGCUUCUGUCAACGCCAGCUCUUUUUCCCCUCUCUCCCUCACCGCGCACAGGUCCACGACGAGAACUACAUGCUGAAAGUCAUCCACAAUACCCCCGUCGAAUCUCGCUCCUCAGAUCCCUCCGCCAACGAAGUGUUGCUUCGCAUGAACGUUGAGCGAUUCAAACAGAUUCACGAUGGAUCGUUCAACUUUGAACUCUUCCAGAUCUGGAUGAUGACCCUCUACUAUCAAUUUACCAAAACACCACUCGAUUGGUCAAAGCUGGACCGAGUGGCUCUCACUCUUGUGUGGCAAGCGUCCUUCGGGUUGCAAGGUCCAGUUCUGCGCUCAGACCUCACCGACCCACGUCUGCAGUUUGACGCAGUAUGGUCGGAUCCAGCACUUCGCCACUCAUCCACCCUCGAGGGGCUCCUUGCCUUCGAAAAGCACCCUUAUGGGCAUAAGAUCGUUGAGCAGCUCACUUCCAUCCGUCGUCGUAUGAGGCAGGAAGCUGGUGGGAAGCAGAAGUUGUGGGAGGUCAAUGAGCGCAUCGCUCGCAUAGCUGCUUCGCACAUUGUGAGAGCCCGCCAGACCUAUGUCUACUGUGUGACCCAAAGCUAUGCUGCGAUCCCAUCCUUGCAAGUGGGCGGUGUACCCGAGCUGCCCCCAAACCAAAAGGUCCAGGUGCUGUUGGAGGCCCUACAGAGGCUGCAGACUGAGAUGGAUGAUCCGGCCUUCGAGUAUCUGGAGCACCACUACCGGAAACCACGCCCUUACCCUGCAUCCGACUUUAGGGUAUCGCCGGGCUUGGACCAGCCUGUUCAAGCCACGCCGUGUGUCCCAAAUACAUCCAAGACUGUACCCUUCCCCAAGGCUCCGCCUUCUUCCGCUGCCAAGAUACCGUCGGUCGCCAACACCCAGGUUCACACUGUUCCAGUGCCCACUCACCCUCAGCCCACACCUACCGCUGACGACACCCCUCGAAAAGUCUUCCCCGUCCACAAUGGAGUGCCAUACGAGAGUGUGCAGAGCCCGUUGAAGGCUGGAACGCAUAAUAACGGUGAAGGAAGAGCGUACGAAGACGGACAGAGCGCAGCUAUCGCCAUCCCAACCGCGGGUUCAAAGACCUUGUAUCCCAUCAAUAGUGACUACAGUCGAGCAGCCCAGUAUCUCGGACACCAAGCCCUCCAAAAGUCAGCAAUACAACCCAGCUCUUCAGAGAUCCACCCAACUCCCCAAACCCCUGAUGCAUCGCUCGCCACAAGCCAUCAAACACUCUGUCCCGUCACCCCUCCAGCAAAUCAUCAACGUAAUGACCCUUCGGUUCAAGAUCCACGACUCUCAGGAAGCGGUAGAGCCAUGUUGGCGAAAAGGGUUGUGGCUGUAGCCGGUGAAGAGUAG